CGCGAGGCGCGUCUAGAGACGUUCGUGAACUUGCUGCUGCGCGCUGCCAAGGACGUUUCGUACCGCUCCGGCUGCAGUCCGUGCGGGCGGUUCGAGGUGGUGUCGAGGCUGCUGAGCGACUUCCUGACGGAGCCGCACCUGCGCGCGUCGGGCGGCGCGUGGUGA